UCCUGAACGAACUGUCAGCAGCACGACGCUGUAGUUUGGUCCUCCUGCCUGAUGGAGGCGGCAGAUGCUCCAAACUUCGUUUGAAACCGGAAACAGGAAGUAGAUCAGCGACAGGCUGGCGUGUUUGUGUUUGGGGGCAAAAUAGUUAAUUUUCAGUUUUAAAUGUUGACGUUUAUUUGAGUGAACGGAGUUUGUGUGAAGUUAAAUCACUGAAGGAAACGUCGGAGUCGAGUUAACCGAUGAGUUUGACUCUGAACCGGGCUCGUUGGUCUCCUUAGCCCCUGUUAGCUCACGGAGCCGCUUUGUGGGGAUGGGUCGGGAUAAGAGACCUCCGAUAGGACCCCCGGGCGAAGACGGGCCUCCGUUCGACAUGGGUCCACCUGGCUGGGGCCCUCCUCCGCCGGGAGGAUGGGAGCCCCCUCCGCAUGGAGGCUGGGGCCCACCGCCGCCUGAGGGAUGGCCUCGGCCGCCAGAUGAGUGGGGACCUCCGCCCCCGGGCGGAUGGGGUCCACCGCCACCUGACUGGGAUCUGAGAGGGCCCCCCCAUCCUGACUGGGGACCAAGAGGACCACCACACGGAUGGGGGCCUCAUCCCGACGACUGGUUGCCUCCUCCAGAAGACUGGAGACGUUUACACCCCGAAGACUGGAGACGUUUACACCCCGAAGACUGGAGACAUUUACACCCCGAAGACUGGGGACCUGACCGGCCUCCCCCUCCCGGCUGGGGACACCCGGGCUGGGGUCCCGAAGGUCCUCCUGAGCCGUGGGGACCUGAGGCUGUACCUCCUCCUGGCAUGCCUCUCCCACCCCCCGUAGCGAUGCCUCCCCCGGACCCUGCAGCCUACGCCCCGGUGGCCGUUCCUCCGGUGCCUCCUCCAGGAUGCGUCCCUCCUUACGCGUUCCCGGCCUUCCCUCCUCCCGGCUGGGCAGGAGAGACGAUCCUGGAGGAACAGAUGCCCAACCCUCCGCCCGACCAGCCUGAGUGGAUUAAAGCAUUGAUUUCAGUUCCACCCACCGAGUCGACUCCAAGUGACACUAAAGAAUCCACAGAGGAACCAGCUGACACCAAAACACCUGCUGCCACCACCCCCGCUCCGAAACCUAAACCUGAACCCAGUAAGGCUGCCAGGGCGCUUGGCCUGCUGGGAAAACGCACGUUUGAUAAGCCUCCUCCUGGCAGGUCUACAGGGAUCAUCUCCUUCAUCGGGCCGACAUUCGGUUACAUCGAGAGAGAAGAUCUUGAGAAGUUCACCUUCAGCUUCGAAGCUUUCUUUGGAAACCCCAAAGCCAUGACGCCUGGGGUCAGAGUUCACUUCACUGGCUGUAAGGAAAAGAACAGUCUGAUAGCAACGGACGUUAAAGUGGCGCCAGGUGGGACGGAGAACGUGGACCCAGAGAUCUACGAGGCCGUCGUCACUCAGCCAAUCGUGGAGCCUCAGCCCGGCGAGCGUCAGUACCCAGGUCAGGUUCAUGUGAACAUUGGACCUCUGAGGACCAACCUGACUUUUGACAGGAAGGACAGCAUGGUGACGCUGCUGAAGAACGACCAGGUGCUCAUCAACCUGCUGAUGGACAUUGUGACGGAGAAACGGCGAGCUACCAACAUCAAACCCAAAAUUCCUGCCACCUUUAGCCACACCAACGAGACCAGGGAGAAGGGCGUCAUCAUCAGCCUGAAAGAUAACAAAGGCAUCAUCAAGUCUGACGAACACAGUGAGCUUCCAUUCGACAUCAAAGAAAACUUUAGUGAUGUGGAGUUCACCACUGAGGACAUCAAUGAGGAGGUUGAGUUCAGCAUCGUCACGGUGAGGAGUUUGUCCUCUGUACCUGUCAACUUGAUUAAAAUAUAG